CUAAGACACAGUUAAAAAUCAAAGAGGGUACAUGCAGUGGUCUAAAAGAAAUUUUCUAUACAAGAAAAUGUAAGAAAAUCACAGCUUCCGUUGAAAAACAUGGAAUUCGAGUUGAUUUUCAGUUAGUGAAUACAGUGAAAAAUGAUUGAGAUCUGAGGUCCACCUGCCUCUGUGAUGGUAUAUAUCAAAUUUGGAGCCGCCUAGCACAAAGAAAUAUACGAAAGCAUUUUGAAUGUUCACCAGCUGCUUAGCAAUCGCCUCAACCACAGACAACUCCAAGCGCUCAAGCGAUGUUUCGGCCACCUUUAAUGGAAACUUAAAUGAUACAAUUUUCCCUACAGAGUUCGGGCAGUCAUUGGAUAUAAAGACAAACACAUUUAAAGGAGCAUCGAUGACAAAACAACUAACCAACAGUUCUCCAACGAAACCCGAUCUAAUCGCCAGCACCCUUUUCAUAUCGCCCGUUGCACCGCCUGUUACUACUACCAAUGACAUAUCGCCACGUAAUCAAACCGAAUUAGGUGCUGCUGAGGGCGAAGGCUGUAAUAAUGGAAAACUAUUACAAAAGUCUAAUAGCAAUUGCAUCCCUGUGUUGCCAAAUUCGCUUGCCGUCAAUAGCUUGGCCUCGAUAAAGUGUGUUAAUGAUGCGGCGCCUACAGUGAAAUCGGGAGGCGAUUCGAGUGGACGAUCGGCGGCGCUUGAGCGUGCUUACGUUCACGACGUUUACGAGCAUUGUGAAGAGCCAACAGGACCGAUUCGACCACGUAUAGCACAGUUUCUGAAUAAUUUAGAGCCUGGCGCUGUGGUCUGUGAUGUAGGCUGUGGCAAUGGACGUUAUCUUGCGCAUGGCAAUCCUACCAUUUGUACAGUGGGCGUGGAUCGUUGUUAUCGUUUGAGCAAAGUCGCACGCGAAAAAGGCGGAGAGGUCUUACUUUGUGAUAACUUGGAACUGCCAUUUCGUGAUGAUUCAUUUGAUGCGGUUCUUUCGUUGGCCGUUGUUCAUCAUUUCGCCACUACCGAGCGUCGUGUGAAUGCUCUUCAAGAGCUGGCGCGUGUUUUGCGUAUUGGGGGUCGCGUCAUUAUAACAGUGUGGGCACUUGAGCAGAGACAUCGACGAUUUGAGUCGCAGGAUGUGCUCAUACCAUGGCAGCCACCUAAAAUACGCACCAUGAGCUGUUCGGAUGAAGAAGAUGACGACAGUUUCCUACCGCCGUAUCACGCGUACACAGAAGACUCAACAAAUUCGAGCAGAUCCGCUGGCGAUGGCGACAGCUCGAGUUUAUCCUCAUCGUCGCCGGGUGAGUCGUGUUACAGUUUUGUGCGGCGGGCCAUUCAAAAACUUGCGGGUGGUCGAAGGCAUCCUUGGUUUUUGGACUCGUGGACUUCUAAAGAAACCAAAAAUGAUAGCAGCCUUGACUACGAAGAUGUGAAAGAUUUGCCUAUUGAACUUCGCCGUCUCGAGGAUUUCGAGGACUUUCACGAGCCACCACUUUCUGCUGGAUUGAAAUCGCGCAGUCUUGGUAGUAUUCUUAAUCCGCCACCUCGUCAAAUCGUACGCUCUCGCUCCAGUGUGCCAAGUUUGGGUGGCAACGUACUGCAUUUGGAUGCGAGCUACAAGGCAGCAUUACCAGAUCCACCUUACACUACGCAACACGCCCAUCAUGCAGUUGAUAACUCUAAUGGACCGUCUGUCGUUGCCACCAAAAACAAUGUUUCUCCAACUAAAUCCAAUAAUGUUCCGAAUGCGCGUAGCUUAAAUAGUGGCUCUUCGUUGGGACGUCGCCCGAAAUUGAUAAAACAAAAACAAUCACUUUGUGAUGAUGAAUGCCAACUGCCAGAAAAUCCAUUUCAAGUCAUAAGCACUUACAAUAGUAAUAACAACAAUGUCAGCAGCAAUUUGUAUUUACGUAACGGACAUUACUACAAUAGCAACAAUAACAAAUCACAAAUGGUUGGAAAAGUAAUGAACACGCACAAUAUGCAGAAUCAAACAACUCUAACCGCCCGCCAAAUGAUGCAGGCAAAUAUAUUUCUACGUAAACAGAGUUCCCUUAACGAGGAGCUCAUGGCUGUUAACCGACUCCGAGAGAAGGAGAGAGUUCGCAAGCGCAUUCAAAAGCAGACGUCAUUGAAUGAGGCCUUCCUUUGCCGAUCCGCAAUCUUUUCGAAGAAACUUCAUGUCAUACGAGAGAACUUCACGAAGAAGAUGAAAACAUCAACAGGCAGCUUCGAGCGGGUCACAAAAACUGGAAUAAACAAGUUGGUCCAAAACCUUACGGCCUACAUAGCACCGGGGACCUUGAACACAGAUCUAGCCGAGAAAACAAUUCCAGAGACAAUGGAAAGUAAUACAGCCGCAACCCCUUCGGGCGUAGCCAAGUGCAGCAAGUACCACCAUCAUCAUCAUCACCAUUACUAUGUGCAACAGCAAAAGUCCUUGAAUCUCCAAAACUAUCAACGUCAACAAGGUGCGUCCACCAAUUCCAUCGAGGCUGGUCCACAUAGUUUACAAAAACAAUUAUCACUUGGCAACGGUACAACAACAGGCAACAAAUACGCUGGUCCAGUCACGUAUUGUAACAGCGCAGAUUGCAGCACCACUUCAGCCUGCUAUUGCAGCACCUAUCACUACACAGGUUGCAACACAUUUUGCACAACCGGUGACUGCAGCGAAAUAAAAGAGGAAAACGCACGCAGACACUCAAAAGAGUCCGGCUCAGAUUCUUCCAAAGACAGCAGCUUGCAAUCGGACACAAGCGUAGAGUCUGAAGAUAGUUUCGCCUCAGUUAUUUUCAUACCAAAGCCGGAACAGCAUCAGCAGCAGCUCAACUACCAGCAACAACAUCAAAAUUCAAAUUCAAGUUCGAGCAACUCGUCCUCAAGCAAUGGUGGCGGUAGUGCGAAUGGCGGGGAAUGCCAUGCUUACGGCAGUUGUUGCCAACACAAAAAUGCCACAUGCCAAAAGCACACCAACGGCAACCCCACUAGCUGUCUCACGUGUCUAAAACAUCAGCAACAUUCGCAAAAUCAAAAAUUACCCUCUGUGCCUACAUCACCAUUGAUUAUGCCAUGCCCACCCACGCCCGCACAUUCGCCCGCUGCCAUACAAGCUGUCGUUACAUCGCCUCCUCAAACCGUGGCGGCUGUGACUGCCGCCAUGGCCAUGCUUACUCCGCCAACAAGCCUUCUAAAUGAAGGCUUACAAAGUCAAAAGGCCGAAGUCAGCGCUAAAAUUAAUACGGAAGCCGGAAAUAAUCGCUUUAGUUUCGAUGAAGCACACAUUAAGCAGCACGAAAGUGGCAAGAAGCCAGAAGAGAGAGGAGUAGGAAAAGUCGGCAUGGAAAUGAAAAUUACUCGCCAAAUUGUUAAGAACCUCCCGCCCAUACCUAAAUUUCGGAAGCAACAGUCAUUGCAAGCAAUACGCCAGACCUUUCCCAUCGUACGGCGUUCCUCGGGCACAGCCUCCACAAGCAUACCUGGCAUGCCAAAGCUCAUGUCCUUAGAACUCUUCAAUCCGGCCACUGAUGAUCUAGACAGCGACUCCAGUGAGGCAUCUACACCCAAUUCAAUUGAUAGCGUCAUUAGCACGGGAAAAUCCAGUGGAAACACAAUUACCAUGGAACAAAAGGUAAACGAAAAGAGUUCACCGAAUGCCGAGCAAAGCGGCGACUUGUUGUGUGCUGAUGACACAGACAGCGGUCAAGUUAAUAGAACAAGGAAUCAGCCGCACUGUGAUACCCAACUGAAUGGUGCCAUUCCGCAUAAUAUUUUCUUAAAUGAAGAAGAUAGUUGCCCCUUGCCAUCGCUUCAGAGUAAUACGAAUACAAAUGCACAACUACCACUGCGAAAGGAGCACGAUUUUGUUGAAUUUGCGGAGCAACUCAACGUGCAGUUGUUACGUAAGAUUGAGGACAAAAAUUGUGCUGACGAAUACUUAAGCUUGGAAGCUAGGAGCGAGUUGACCGAUACCUUAGACGCACAUAUUGGCGUAACGGGAGAAUUGCAAAACAAGAAACGGAACAACGAGUUACGAGACUUGUCGGCGAUCCGCGAGGAGUUGCGCGAGCGCCGUUUAAUGCUGGCAAAUCUUUCAACACAGCCUAGCUUACAGCAAUCCCCAUCCUCCUCGACUUCAUCAUUGUCCUCGCAAACACGUAGCUUCACCAUACACGAGGAAAACGAAGAAGAAAGCGAUGAACGGAGUUAUUCUCUGCAGCUGUACGAGAACUGUAAAAUAUCUAAAAUUAAUUACAAACGGAACCGGCCGUACAAUUUGAAUCCCGAGACAGCGUAUUUAUUGCAAGAAGAUGGAGAUAUCUUCGAAGAAGAAGAGGAGGAGGCAGAACACGAUAACAUGUGCAAUCAUCCAUUGCAAAAUCACGAUCAAAUAAAGGUUGGCGCCGAAAACGGAGCGCAAUUGUCUGUGACAGCAACCAGAUGCGACUCAAUUGAACGGACAGCUGAAACGGAGCAAACUAAUCAAGUUAAAGGUGAGCAUAAAGCGCAGAAUAAGCAAGCAUCGCUCGAAAAUCGACAAUCAACAGAAUCGUGGGGUAAUUCGAACAGCUCAACUGGCUCGUUGGAAAGUCCCUCACAAGGAGGCUCCACAACGCGCCACCGAUACUACCACGUGUUUCGCGAAGGAGAGCUUGAUGCCUUGAUCAACCAUCAUGUGAAUAGUCUACAUAUAGUCUCGUCAUACUACGAGCGCGCUAGUUGGUGUGUAGUUGCUGAAAAAGUUCAAGUUUGGACUAUAUAAAUAAUCUCUUCAUGACUGCCCUAAAUCUUUAAUUAAACAACGGUAUAAGAAAGGCUAAUUAAAAUAACAAAAACAAUAUAUAUCAUAUGAAUAUAUAUAUGUAUUAAUAAUUACUAGCUAAAACGAACCUCGACUAUUUAUCCGAAUAUAAGUACUUACACGUGUAUACAUAUACAUACACAUACAUACAUAUGAAGCAGUAAAGUUUGAAAGGAAAUGUUAGUAUAUUGCGACGGCGUCAUAGCGCAAAUUUAGCUUAAAUUCUAAUACCUGCUUACAUACAUACAUACAUACAUACAUAUAUAUGUACUUACAACAUUCUAUAUUUAUUGUUUGAGCUUACAACGAACGGAAUAUUCGCAACGAAUGCCAAUCUAACGAACUUGAACGUAUUUUAUAGGAGAUAAACACAUUCAUUACGAGAAUACAUUUACAUACAUACAUAUAUGUAUGCAAGUAUAUAAAUAGCCACUAACCACUAAUCGCAUCCCUCGCAUACAAAGUUAUAGCAAAUAUUAAUAUGUGCAUAUACACGCGUGUAUGCCUUCCUCUUUCAUGCUUUUCUUAAGCGCCGCUGCUCAUACUAAUAAUAGAAUAUAUACAUACAUACAUAUUUACGUACGCAUUG